UUUUCGGUGAAAUUACCUAUGUGCAGCCCAGAAAUACAGGUUCAAUGUCCAUUUCCCUGGUAGUAUUCAGAUUUGAAGUUGCCGACGACUUGCCUUUACCGCAGGCAUUGGACUAUUGUGGUUAGUAUUUUAAUCAUAACUAUAACAAAAUUCUCAAAUCUGAUUGGCUAUCAACUGCCCUGAUUUCAGCCUUAACUGGACAAUUUAAUAGGACAGUACGCGUCAUGCCUAAGUAAUUGGACAGUACGCGCCAUCAAGCGCACGCUUAAAUGGCUUUUUUUCAUUACUAGCAUAAAAAAAAAAUUGGAAUUUCUGCUGCUAUGAUUUAAAAAAAAAAAGGGCUUACAUAUCACAAAUUUUGUUACAGUUAUUUAAUGUUUCUGUUUGUUUAAUCAUACUUGUGAUUAAAUCUCCGCCACGCCGGUCGUCCAUUCAUUUCUUACAGACGAAUUGAACUCCACUCAACCAUUACUUAUUAGUUUUAAUACCCGUUUCCUGUUUCUGUUUAUUUACAUUCAUUUCUAAUCGGCACUCGGACCACGGAGAUCCCCGACUUCAUUUCCAUUUUUUGAGUUAUGUUAUUACAUGCAAGAUGAGGUUAAUUUUCAUUGGCUUUACGACAUGACUCUGGCAUUACAUGACCAUAAAAUUAAUAUUUUGAUAUUAAAAACCAUAUAUAGUUGAUGUAUUGACAUAGCAUCAGUGUCUGCACGUAUCUUGACUAAAAUGGGGGAAUGGGGAGCUUUCUGACCAUGUAUUGAUCAUCAUAUCUGUAGUCUACCUGAAAAGUAUAAAGAGUUUCCUGCCCCCUCCACAGUCUUUUCCAAGGCUUAGUGGGGAGCAAGCAAGAAAUGUGAAUGAUGCUGGAGACAAGUGAAAAGUACAAGAGGGGUAUGAUGGAAACGAGCGCAGAGUGCUCCCUGCUUUCCUUAAUAAUUAACUCAAAUAUCUCCAAAAAGUCAUCGUGAGUGACUGGGAAUAAGCCACAGGAGGUGCCCCGUUUUCGAUCUCAUUUUUGUUCGUGAGUUUCCUGCAUCCCCUUCCCCUCCCCCUCCCCCCCAACACAGCUACAUGUGACCAUUUCCCCAACCUGUACCCUCUCUCAGUGGGGGCGGGUACAGCUAGCUACAUGUACUCUAUCCUUAAUCCCUAUCUCAAAAACGUCUUAGACUAUACUCCCAAAAAUUCCUGACCCACAUUAUUUUGUAUGAACAUUAACACUUACUUCUCAUUUAGGGCAAAAUUUUGGCUUAGGGGAGGGGUAAUUAUUGAUCCAGAUAUUUGCUAAUAGGCAUAGGGUAGUGACCUAACUAGUCCUUUUUAUAUGUUGUGAAUAUUAUAUGCUAAGUAGACUGUUUAACAAUUUUAUCAGACCAACAACAGAGGUAGGGCAAGGGUUAUUGCCAGAUUUUGUUUCAAAUGCUGAGGUAGCUCUAAACGUCAGAUGAAGUUAUAGAUAAAAAGCUUACAUUAAAACAUAUGUAUAUGAAAGUGAACUUAUGAUAUUUUUUGUUUCCUAAUCAUUGGUAUGUUAGCCCAAGGGUUUAAAAGCACAAUUCAAGAAAUGUCUGAAUCAGAUUCAGUAAAAGGUAAAGGAGAGAAUGGAGAACGAGAGGAAAAGGAUUCAGCGUCCUGUGAAGAAAAGAUGAAAGUUCACAGGGGAGAAAGAUAUCUGCAUGAUAUUCAACUUGAAACGAUGGUUAGAAGUAGUAUUGGUGAGAAUGAGAAUAACUCUUGGUACAGCUGACAGCACAUUGUGCCUCUUAAAGGAAAUAAUAAUAAAUUAUAGUCUAAAACUCAACCCUGAUUUAUUGCUAAUGACUUUAAAUCUGAUAAAUCACAGCUGAGUUUUAAACUCUUAUUUCCUUUGAAAAAAUAACAAAUAUACCUAGAUUUUUUAAAAAUGGAUAAACCAGAACAAAAGUUUGUCCAGCCUUUUUUAGAUAAUAAAAUGUUCUAUCCUGGCAAAAAUUUUUUGAUUGUGCCCCAUGCUUUGACAAUAUCGGAGAAAGUAUACUUUCUUGCACGCUUGUACUAUAUAUUAGAAUAAUUUCCUUUACCUUUAAUAGAUUAAAACAUUAAAAUUUUCGCAAUGAAUCAUACAACAUACAGUGUAGAUACAUUUAUCUUGAUAAAAACUUUCUUUUUUUGUAUAAUCUUCUCAAGACAAUUCUAUGGAGGAAGGUGUUAAAGAUGCACUUGAUAAAGAUGAGAGGGCGAAUACAACCAGUGAUUUUCAAGGCAAGAUAGCAUUCUUCUGUGGAAAUCCAAUGGUUGAAAUAAUCAAGGGCAUUAUUCACAUCUAUAAAAACAAGUAAGUCGAGAUGCAACUACACUUCACUCAAGAGUAUGAGAAUCAUUAUUGUCACUCUCUCGGAACCACUUAACUGCUGAGGAUUACUGAUUUCAAUGUUUACACAAACAAAAGGUCUCUUAUUUUUGCUUACAUUUUUUUUCGAAAACAGAGUAAAAACAAAAUACGUUCAAAUACUGAAAUGUAGCAAUUUUUGAGCAAUUUUUAUUUUUGGACCACUUACGAUAGUUUUGCAGAAAAGCAUUAAAUUAAUGACCAGGAUCGAUCAAUUCGCUUUGAAAAUUCAAAAGGCAAAAAAAUAUCCCUAGGGUGAAACGUGAGACUCCAAAAGAUCCACUGAAUCAAGAAUAAGCGCCCUCUUAUCCUAUUUUCUAUCACAACGUUAAAACUGCCAUUAGUGAGUGCAGACAUUAUACCAAUUUACCAGGAAACUUUGAAUUCAUUUUGCCUCCCAAAAUCCCAAAUUGUUCAUUUAAACCCCCAAAUUUAAAAUUUCCUUUAGUACUCCUGCUACUUUGAAUCUGGAGUAACCUUCCUUUUGGGACUUCUCCAGAUAAUUUGCUGCUCUUGCACGAUAAAAGCUGCAUAUGUAUGCAUCCUUAUUCCAGUUGAAACUUUUUUCUUUUUUUUUUAAUUGUUCUUUUAAAUUCUUCACCUUCAGUGAGAUGACGUCCUUAGCUAAAGGUGUUCAGCGGAGUGAGAUGAUUUGCAUGUUAGCUGUACCAGCUAAGAUGACUUGUAUUGAUCUUAUGCGGUUUGUGGCUCCUUCUGAGUAAGUUUGUGUUAUUUUUUGAUGUAAGUCACCAGGAACUGGAAAGUGGGAGAUGCAAGGUGAUGAAAACUUGCAUCAACUCAACUGUGUGUUGAAUUGGCCCAUGUGGUUAACUUGCACCCAGCUUUUCAAUCAGGAAAUUUUUCUUUAAGAGUUUCCACCUCCAAGUCAAAUGCAACCUAAGCAUAAUUUUUACCUUUCAUGUUUUUCGCAAAUGCAAAAACAAAAGUACGAAAAUAAAGAAAAAUAAAAUAAAUCAUCCAAAAUUUAAGCAUGUGAAAUUAAAUACUCAUGGAAAAAUCAAAUCACAUAAAAAAAUAUUAUCUUGAAAUACCAACAUCAUAUACAGGAUAUGUAUCCACAAUAUGACUUGUUCACUGGUUAUACUAGUAAGCUCCGUUUUGUAUCUUCAUUAAGUGAAAUAAGGUUAAUUUGCUAAGCUUUCACACGUGAUUGCUUUUUCAGUUUAACUAGAAAUUUGAAAGCUUUCAGACUUUUUUAAAAAAUAAAUGAAGUUGAGAAUGCUUAAAUUUUGAACAUAAAACCCCCUGAAAUACUCUUUCGCCAAAAUCGCAAAAUUCAGUACCAACAGGGUAGGUCUAAUUCACCAUUUCUUUUAUGAGCAAAAUUAACGAGAGCCAAGUUGGGUACCGGAGGUUUUUUCUUGCAUGCAGCAAGAUGCUUUGUUGUCGGUUGCAGGAUGACAGAUCUUUGGCUGAAGGUCUAGAGUGGCAAGGCAUGGGUCACAAUAAAGUCUUGACCCAGCCUGGACUUAACUGAAACCGGAAAAUGCGCAUGAAAAGUCUCUAGUAACCUGGCUAGUUUUUCAAAGGACAACUGACGGAACUUUAGAGUUGUUCUCUUGACCACUUACCCGUUUUCUUUGAAAUUAUCACCAAUUUCAAGCAGUUUGGGCUUUGAAAAACUCAUCCCUGGUUCAGUUAGUUGUGAGUUAAAAGAUAUUAUUCCCUUCUUUAUCAACACGCUGCUAUCACUGUAGAGAAUUUAUUGAAUGUGUCAAGAUCAUCAGAGACUCCACACCCAAUCAGUACAUGGUUCUUGUCAAGUUUAGAAAUCAGGUAGGCGGCUUUAAUCGAGGCUUUAAGCAUACAGCUUACUUCCUCAUUGCAGUCAUGUUAAAAAAGGUAUUCUGUUUCAUCUCGAAGUUCUACUCAUGACACGUUUUUAUAGCUAAGAGGGUUUGGGUGAGGGCAGACUUGGUAAAAUGGAGUUGCUCAAUUUAACUGGGUACUUCUCAGGGGUUCAAGACGGUUGUGAGAUAGCUAUAUAUCCAACUAGUGGCAGAUAUAUUAGGAUAGAGUGGAUUCCUAGAGACAUGGGUGCAGUACUGUGAACAAAUGCAAACAGUCAGAAAAUGUUCCAAAUUUCAUUUUGCAGAAUACAGGAAAAUAAAUGCUACCAUGCGAAAUUCCUGCCGAACCGAUUUUAAUGAUUGGCGAUGCACACCAGAGAAUUUCAUCCAGACUUAAACAGCUGAUAUUUCGCGAAGCUACCAACGUUUCCCCGCAAAGUGACGUAAUUUCGCGAAGAAACCUUUGAUGGCGUCGCGAAAUGUCGGCUGUUUUUUAAGGCUACACCUUUAUUAGUUAACAUAAUGUGUGUUUUGUUGUAGGAGCUGGCUGAUGAGUUCUACAAUACCUUUAAUGGUCAACGUUACAAUCUUAUAGAGGAUGAGGUAAAAAAACGUCAUGGCCUGAGCUUCAAAGGAAUCCGUGUGAAGUAGUAUAGGGUGCACCAGUUACCUCCUUUUUUUGGGAAGAAUCUCGUCUCUCUGCGGACGAAUACAUUCACGCCGUUGACGUCUUUAUCUCACGGAUAGAAAUGCGAUGACGGUGGAGGUGGUGGAGGGAGAAAACAAUAGAAAUGUGAUGGCAGUGGGGGAGGGGAAAACAAUAGAAGUGUGAUGGCGGUGGAGGUGGUGGAGGGAGAAAACAAUAGAAAUGUGAUGGCACUGGGGGAGGGGGAAAACAAUAGAAGUGUGAUUGAGGUGGUGGAGGGAGAAAACUAUAGAAAUGUGAUGGCAGUGGGGGAGGCGGAAAACAACAGAAAUGUGAUGGCGGUGGAGGAGGAGGAAAACAAUAGAAAUGUGAUGGCAGUGGGGGAGGGGGAAAACAAUAGAAGUGUGAUUGAGGUGGUGGAGGGAGAAAACAAUAGAAAUGUGAUGGCAGUGGGGGAGGCGGAAAACAAUAGAAAUGUGAUGGCGGUGGAGGUGGUGGAUGGGGAAAACAAUAGAAAUGAUUGAGGGGAAAAACAUAGAAAUGUGGGCAGUGGGGGGGAGGGAAAUGUGAUGGCGGUGGAGGUGGUGGAGGGAAAACAAUAGAAAUGUGAUGGCAGUGGGGGAGGCGGAAAACAAUAGAAAUGUGAUGGCGGUGGAGGAGGAGGGAAAACAAUAGAAAUGUGAUGGCAGUGGGGGAGGGGGAAAACAAUAGAAAUGUGAUGGCGGUGGAGGUGGUGGAGGGGAAAACAAUAGAAAUGUGAUGGCAGUGGGGGAGGGGGAAAACAAUAGAAAUGUGAUGGCGGUGGAGGUGGUGGAGGGAGAAAACAAUAGAAAUGUGAUGGCAGUGGAGGAGGGGGGAGGGAAAAACAAUAGAAAUUGGAUGACGGUGGAGGUGAUACAGAGGGGAAACAAUGAAGGUGUGAUGGCGGUGGGGGUGGUGGUAGUGGUGUAUCCCGCCAGAAUAAUGCGAUAAUUUUGACAUAAUCUCGAAAGACCUUGAUAACACUUCCUAGGAUCGAGAACAGGAAAGAAAAUGACAUUAUGAUUCACAGAAAAACCAUCUAAAUUAUACACAAAGUAACCCUGAUGUAACAGUACCGUACACCUUUUCACAUUUUAGACGAGAGGAGAAAACCCAGUUUUUGCGUGGUACCUUGCUUGAUAAAUUUUUGGGGGAGUGGAUUAUUCCAGUAUUUAACAGUCAUAACACCACUUUUUGGAAGCCGACUCUGUUAGCAAACCCCUUUCUUUUUUUGUGAAGAUCAACGGAAUCAGGGCCAUAUAGUACCCACUUAACCAAUCUGUCAAAUCAGUGAUACAUUACCCGCACAUUAUAAGGUUGUAACGGCCAUGACGUGAAACGCUACGUAAGGGUUACGGCUUUGCGUAGCCCCUUAUAGGAAUAGUAACGAAUCCCAUUUAAGGUGGAUUUCUACUGAGGCGUAAUUUUUUUUGUCUCGUGUAAACGUAAAAGUUCCGCUAGCUUCAACUUUUACGUUACUCGCGACCUUUCAUUUAUUGCCUCUACUUUACUUACGCACAUAAAAGUUACGCGACCGUGGAAAUCUAUCCUUAUACCGUACACUUUCUCUUUUCUCUCCGUUAGGUUUGCCACUUAGUCUAUGUAGCCAAGGUAGAAACCAUGAAGCUGUCAGAGGUAUGAAUGAGGUUUGUAAUGCGCCAAUCAAAUCACGGUGCUAUAAAUAGUCCCGCAUAGAAAAUCAACCAUCAUACAUGACGAAGUCGAAACCGUUCGUGAUCAACAACUAAGUGACCUCUUUCGUGAAACAAGUUAACGAUGAACAAACCCUAUCACACACAAACCAGGAUGAGCGAGCAUAUUUCAUUACAUUUUUAGAAUUUAUUUUACAACAAGUCUAUUUAGGAACACUGCAGGCGACCAUAGAGGUUUCCGUAAAGAAUGCAUGUUUCAAAGUAGACAGUGAUGUAUCUUUUCAUGAGUCGUUUUAAAGGAUUAAAAUUGAGCUGGUCUGGUUCUUGAAGGCACUUGCCGGUUUAUCGUAAGAAAAAUUCUAUCUAAAAGAUUUAACUCAGUGUUGUUUUAAUUCCUCUGCCGGAUUAGAACCGUUGUACCGACAGGCGAAAUUGAAAAACAUUAAGAUAAAAAAAGAAUCACAUGUUUAUUUUUAUAUCCUUUCUUUUAGCAAAAUAAUGCUAAUUUCCAUUCCCAUCUAAGCAUAUCGCCAUACAGACAUAAUGAAUAAUUAAAAUACAAUGCAUAGUAUCUUCGUGAUAGAGACUGUGUCUGACAAUGAGUGUGGAAAAUAGAUGACAAGGUCUAUUCUCUUCAGAUCUUUCGACUACACAUGCCUUGUGCCUCUUGAUGUUUAACUGAACCACAUCAAAGUUUUUAGUUUGCCUCCAGUUCUUCACAUCAGCUCGACUUGACAAAAGGACUGGUAAUAUCAAUACCACAAAUAUCACUUUAUUUGUUUCUAAAGGGAGCCAGUCUUCCAUGUGUCGGUCUAACAGAGCUGCCAAAGUGCCCGGUGUGUUUAGAGCGUAUGGUAAGUCUAUUUGAUUAUUCCGAUAUAAAAAGGUUCUAAACACUAAGAACGAUCCUCAAGACCUCUCCCAAAGAUUUGAAAUUUACUCCAACCGGCUUUUGCGUUUUCGUCUCGUACAACGCUUUGUGAUGAGCGUGCAUAAACGAAAAGGCAGACAUCGGACAUUGUUUUUCUGUCUUGAUUACACAGAACUAUAUUUAAAUAUAUUUCGUAGUCAUGUUUGUUUUUUUUCUUAAUUAAUACAAUCUGUAGAGCUGUUGUAAAAUAUAACGCAAAAUGAAGACCAGUGGGGGCUAUUUGUAGACAUCAGCGGGGAAUAGUUAAAAGAUGUUCAUUUCUUAAGAAAAAAAUACUAGGUGGUAGCACCUGUGCGUUGUUUUUAAUUUGCAUCAAGUGAAUUCAUUUUUGCUCUUCUUGUGUUAGAAUCAAAAUGUCACUUUUCUCUUUUGUUAUUUUCAGCUCAGACGGUAUUGCUAUAGUAAUGACAAUGUCAUCUUUUCCGUUAUAUUUCCAGGAUGAAUCUGUCGAAGGAGUUUUAACCAUUCUCUGUAAUCACUCGUUUCACGGAAGCUGUUUAUCAAAAUGGUCUGAUACGACGUGAGUAUUGUGAAGCUGUUUACUCAUUGCAUAUAGGACAGGUUAUGGCAGACAGUCAAGGGGUACAUUUCAGCGGCGGGGAGGUAGUGACAUGUGCGUAGUAUGUACCGCUGUAAAAAGUAGUGUGGGUUUAAAGCAGUUAAGUUGGAAAUUGGGUAUGCACAUCAGACAGUUUUAUAACCUGAAAAUAGGCUCUCUAGUGUGUGAGGGCGAACAGUAGCAAGCAGAGGCGCCAGUAGAUGGGGAGCUAGCCUGCGAGCAACGGCUUUCCUGUGGCUCCCGGGGGUAGGCAGGCUAAUGGGGAGUAGAAAAAAGAAGACAAGGAUUCCAUCACCUUCUCUUUACACCAAAUUUGCCGAGAGCCUUUCACAGACUAAGAGUUUCAUUCUGGAAUGGAUUAUCAUUUGCUCAAACUCAUUCCCAAGGCCACGCCAAUUUCAAAGGUGAAAUCCCGGGAACGAGCUGGGUUGUUAUAUAUUGGGAAAACGGGCAGUGCUUUUUUUUUUAAGGAACUAGUGUUAAAUAAGAAUACACCCUUGGAAACCAUGAAAGGGUUGCAAAGGGUUCAUUUAGAACUAACUAAGUGCUGUUUGUUAAUCGAUACCUUCUUUUUGUCUUGUUCAGUUGCCCAGUUUGUAGAUAUUGUCAAACUCCACAGCCUGUGGACGGGAACAAGUGCUUUGAGUGCGACUCUAAUGAGGUAUUACGCCGUCUACCAAUUUUCAUAUGUCAUAUGUCGAACACGAGACAGCGUGUUUAUCACAUAUCAAACACCGAGAAGAGAGCUGAUAAAACUAUUCUUUGGAAAGUAUUUUUGACGAUCGUCGAUAUGUUGUGAUGAAACACUGUUUUGAGAGUUAGAUCUAACUUCCUGCUCAUACUCGGUGUAAAAACCUGUAAAACUCACGAGUGACGUAAAACAAUUAAUACAAAGAAGUCACUGACAAGUCAAUACGAGCCAAAGAAAAUAAUAGCGAGAAAACAAAGAAAAAUUCACAAGUUUUUACACAGAGGAUGACCCUAACUUGCGUCACUUAGUGACUUUGAAGGGCAAUUAAAGGAUGUUAAAAUGAAGAUUGUUUUAUCAAAUAUUUAGGGCGUUACGAUGCGUGAUGUCCUGUGACUUUGGCUCCUUAAUUGUUAUCGAGUUUUAGGAAUGUAUCUUUUAGUUUUACAGGCAAAGACUUUUCUUUUCAGUAAGAAAUAAGUCGUCUUUUAUCUUCUUAAAAAUAACAAGACUAAACUAAUCGACUACAAAGUACAUAAACAUACAUAGAAAUAAAAAUAACAUUCAAACAAAGAAACAAAACAAAAACAAUGAAAGAAGCAUUUACAGAUGGUAGUUUGUUUUAAAAAUUAGCGACUGAAGCACUUCUUCGUAGCAUUUGCCUUUAGUUGAUUAAUUUUACCUUUUACUUUCCGUUCGUCUUCGUAGAGCCUGUGGAUAUGUCUCAUAUGUGGCCACAUAGGAUGUAGUAGAUAUCUAAGGUCGCAUGCGAAGAGGUUAGUGAGAACGGUUAAGACUCUUCAGUUAACCACAGCAGACGAGAUCAGUGCUCGAAGCAAAUUAAUCUAGCCGGCGAUGAGCGCGUGAAAGUCUAAUUGACCAAUCAGAACUAGAGGCAAAUUCAUGUAGCCGGCAAUGAGCUCGGGAAAGUGCAACUGACCAAUCAGAACUCGAAGCAAAUUCAUGUAAAAGUCCAACUGACCAAUCAGAACUCGAAGCAAAUUCAUGCACCCUGCGCUACACGCGAAGAAGUCCAACUGCGGACUAAUCAGAUAUCGAGGCAAAUUAUUGUAACCGGUGCUGAGCGCGGGAAAACGCGUUCGAACGACCAAUGCUAGCAAGGCAUGAUUGGUUCUGAUUUAGCUUCUGAUUGGUUAAGAAAUUGGUGCAUGAAGCUUUGGGCAAUCACAAGCGUGGCAUUGCAAACCACAGCUAUUUACUUGGGCUAACCGGUCGGUUCACGGUUUGGGCAAAUGGUAAGAAAAAUUCAGGACUGGUAAAUUUCAUUCCGAAAUCGUGUUUACCAUUUGCACAAAUCAGUUCCUUUUACCGAAAAACUGCCGCGAAAGUCUGAAACUCGAAUCAAAGUUGGGCUUUAACGAAUGGAACACUGAUUUCCGUUUGGAACAUCCCGUCCGAAACAAUAGGACUACCUUUUCAAAUGUUCCUCCGCUCCCGGAAAUUUUCCACUGGAACGAUUCCCGACCUAUCCAAUCGAACAAAACCGAACAAAAAACCAAUCGAACCCAAUCGAACUCCAAUCGUUCGAUUGGGUUCGGCAAUCGAACAAAAUCGAACACCUAUUUUGCUGUGAGUUCGAUUUUUGAACCAAUCGAACCAAUAUAAUCGAACAAAAUCGAACUAAUCCAAUGCAAUUGUCUCUUGGCGCCUCAAACUGAGUGAAACACGUGGCAUAUAAUCAUUGUCAGCUUUUAUUGAAUAAACAGGAACUGAACAUCAUACUGCAAGAAUGUCAAUGUUCCAAUAACUUUGCUGAAAAAAAAAGGAAAACAAUUCUCCUGUUAUUCCCGGGGGAAGUUUCUGUUAUCCCUCGUGGCAUUUCCGCUUGACACGAACACCACUGUUCGCCCUGGACGAGGCGCAAAAAUAGAACGCGUGUUCUUUUUCCGAUUUGACAACAUUGGUCAAAUGUUUGACCACAAGCGCAUCCUAAUUGGCCGAAGUUAAUUGCCAACUGUUUGGUGGCUUAAAUUUAAUGAGAAUUCCUAAGCGAGUCGGAAAAGUAACUGUUUUCACGAGAUUUCCGGUUGAAAGUCGCUAAGCGACUUGAAAAAUCGCUCGUGAAAACACGGCCAUUUUCUCCUUAAAACCCGGUGAAAACAAAAUCCGUUUAGCAUAAGUGCCCGUAAGUGGGAUCAUAACUCACCAUUUCAUCCCGUCCUUAAAGGGCCAAAGUGGUGAGACCAACGUCCGCUCAAGAUGUCCUAACUGCCCUUUAGUGUUGGUAACCUUGAAUGCUCUUCCCUUAGAGCCAAUCUUCUUAAAGAUAAAGAAUUCUUCUCCCACAUCAACAGUAAAAUUACAUUCUUGGUAACCUUUUACACUGCAUGUAAUUUCAAUACAUGUAGUGUCCUCCCUCUCCUCCGUGUUUGACAUUUCAGACAUUUCAGUCCUGGGGUUCAGUGCUCAGCAAAAGCCGCGUAAAAAGGGAAGGGAGUUAGCGAUGAUUUCACUUUCACCUUCGGAAUUUUCCAAUACCACGUGCCUAUCAUGCGAUGCGGCGUCCGUUAAUCGAACGUUCGAUUAUACCAAUCGUUCGGUAAUCGAACGUUCGAUUGGGUUCGAUUACCAAUCGUUCGGUAAUCGAACGUUCGAUUGUGUUCGAUUGGCAAAAUUUUAUUGUGAAUUCGAUUAUGUUCGAUUCAGUUCAGCAAUCGAACGAUUGGUGUUCGAUUGGGUUCGAUUGCCGAACUGUUCGAUUGGAUGGGUCGGGAACGAUUCGAAAAGCCGUGUACCAUUUACUCCAUGGAUUUACCUUUCCAUCGGCUUUCUCAGAGACUUUUGGUAAAUGGUAAACAUCCAAGCUGGAAAGAAUUAGGGAACUGUCCUUUUAACAUGAUAGUCAAAAAUUGUCAUGAUUGUCUAGUAGAGCUCGAUCGUAGUGUUGAUUGACCUCACUUUGCUUCUCUCCAAGAUAUAGUCGAUUUUAUUUGUUGCUUUGUAAUCACAGACAUUUCCAAGAGACUCAACACACGUAUUCUUUAGAGCUUGGGACCCAAAGAGUAUGGGACUAUACCGGAGGUACGAUAUAUUAUCGCUCUAUAUUCCUAUUACUUUGGCGUACCAUGGCGAUGUGAAUUCCCAUUUUAUAAAGUGUAGCAUUUUCAUAAUCACAGUCGCUCUCUAGCCGCCGUUCUGACUCUUUUCUCAUGCUACAUCAUGCUGUUCUUUGGCUUACCAUGGCGAUAUGAAUUCCUAUGAUAUAAAGUGUAGCAUUUUUAGUGUAGCAUUUUUAUAAUCACAGUCGCUUUUUAGCCGCCGUUCUGACUCUUCUCACGCUACAUCAUUCUGUUCGUCGUUACAUCAGGUAACGCAUUCAGGAUCCCUCAAUUUGUAUUCUUGAAUGAGUUUCAUUUGUUAAUUUUGUUUUUGUUUGCAAGGCUAGUCUUUUGUAAGAAUAAAAAGCAAUAAUUCCUUGAAAAACCAUGCUUCUGCUGCUAUUGAUCAAAAAGUAACUAAAGCGUUUACUUCUUCCUUAGAUAACUUUGUACAUCGUCUGAUUCAGAAUAAGACUGACGGAAAACUAGUAGAAUUUGGGUCAGGACAGCAGGUGAGGACAGCACUGAGUGGAAAAUUCUAUGUUUAUCUUAAAAGCGAUAAGUUUGAAUUUGACAUAUACCUAAUUCAAUAAAGGUUGCUUUCACCAUUGGUCAUUUGCAAUUGGGUAUUGGGGGACGUGUUUUUUUUUAUCCGCGCCCCAAAUUUUUGUCCGCACCUUCCGCCCCCCCCCCCUCAAAGAUGACUGGAUUCCGAACCCGCAGAUUUUUGUCGACACCCUUUGAAAAAUGAAAUCCGAAGGGCUCCUGUUUGGUCGGCACCUUGGAAAAAUUUGUCUUAAGGGUCCAAAUUUUGUCGGCUUCUUUGAAGAAAAAAAUCCGAACACCCUAUUCAAAAACCUGCUAUCCGCAGGGGGGUGCGGAUAAAAAAUGGAACGUCCCUGGGUAUUUGGGCAUACGGAACUCACUGCAAUGAUUUGCUGGGGUGACCGCCAAACAAGAGUUUCCCAGAGCGCUAUUGUCUUUUAUGGAAUCGGGGAUAUGCUGGAACACAUUAAGGUGGGGUUUGCAUUACGUGUUUACAAGAUUUAACAAAAGCGUACUCUUUUACUUGCUAAUUUUGCAGGUUAUGGAUGAAGAAAAGAUGGAUUCUUUAACGCUAGAGGUAAUAUGUGUGAUUUUUUGUAGUAUGAAAUCUAGGAGCCUGUGCUUCAUGAAUAAUCGUAGGGAGUCCGAAAGCUCUAAAUUACCAAAUUCAAGGUGCCCUUCACAAGGCCGGUAAUUGUUAAGAUCGUUCAUUGGUGUAAAUUGGGAGAAACACACGAAUUCAGGACAGUGUAAGCAUUUUCACUGAUUCUCUCAGCUUGUUCCCCAGAUAAUAGAAUUAAAAUUUGUUAGCAGAAAGGUCUUUUCUUCGGGGAACAUUUUCAACAGAUUGAUAGAAAGAGUAUAGUAAGCUGCUGAAAGCCUGAACAAACAUAGUGGUAUACUUAAAGCUGCUCAUAAAUCGUGGUAUCCGAUUCGGCGAUGGCGCAAAAGAGGAAACCAGACUAUCGUUAUCCCUAGUGCGGGACAACAACAACAAAGUCCUUAACCCUUUUGAUGAUUCGUCCUCAUGUUUCUCACUUUUGUUUUUAGUACACGUACCUUUUAACCAGUCAACUAGAAAACCAAAGGCAUUAUUUCCAAGAAAAAAUUACACAGAUAGAAAAAGAUGCCGCUGAACAGGUGAAUAAAGCGUUCAUUGUUUUCCCUAUUUUGUAUCCAAAACUCGGCUUCUUUGUUAUAUGUAGUCAGCUUUCUCUUAACGCACACCUCUUUAAGGCAGAUACUAAGCUCCAUACGAAAACACCACGGAGUUGGUAACACGGCGCACUGCUGCCAAAAUUGGCGACUCGUCUCUAAAAUUUUGUUUUACUUGCUACGGCGACCAAAGAAAAUGGUCGCAUCUUGGUUUCAAUUGGAGCGCUGACGCUAGAGACCCGAAGUAUAUUUUGCGGUAUGCAGCGGGUUUUAUUUCACGAAGAGAUUGCAGCGCUUCUUGCUGUCUCCACAUUUUCCCGCCGAAAAAAGAGACGGACACCACUCUAAAUACUGACACUUACUGCUGUUCUUACACCAUAUGUUAAUAAGUUAUUUAUAAUGGAAAGUAAAGGAAACUCCGCUUUAGCAACAGACCUACGUUGAGAUGAAUUGAAAAAUUGUCGCAGCAAUCGGAAAAAAAGUUUGCUGUCUUUAUCAAAUCCCUGUGGCCCGAUGGAGCAGUUAAAUAUAUCAACAAACAUUGCAUAUUCGCCUUACAGUCUUUGUCUUUCCCUUACUUGAUUUUUUACAUUUGGAAACCUUUUUAAGGUGAGUUCAAUGGAAGAGCGGACGAAGAAAACACUGGAAGAAUGUAAAAAACUGGAAUUGAAACUUUCCGAAGCUGAAAAAGAAAAGAAAAACGUGGAAAAGAAAUAUGCGCAGGUAUUAACUGACCUCCUACAGUAAAAAUCCGCGAGUAAGAACCUGAAAAUUAAGAAUCUGUUAGCCUAAAAUUUGCCAUUUAUAUCCCCUAUAAACAAGAACCUGUUUAGCCUAGAAAAUGAAAAACAGGUUCUUAUUUUUUAAAAUCAUAUUAUUGAAAUGCAGCUGCAAAACUUAGCCUGAAAUUCAUCCGAUUGCUUUGAGUCGUUUUCUCCUCUCAACAACUGAGGGAGUAAUAACGACUCGAAGUAAUCGGAUGAAAUUCAGGCUACUGCAAAACUGUGCAAGAAUCCUGUUUGGAGAAUUAGGAACUUGGCAUUGCUGUGCAAAUAAAAGUGCUAAUUUACUGAUGUAAUAAAAAAAUAAAGUGCAAAAGAUUAACAUCAUUGUAUCGCAUUUUGAAAUUGACCAAUUCUUGGUUUGCAACCACGUGACAAGGCGGCCAUGUUGGGGGUCAAAACAAAAGAAUAUUUCCUCGAAGAAUUUACAUGAAAAUAGAGUUUAGUUCCCAGAGGAGAGAAAUGCUUUUGUUAUUGACCACCAACAUGGCCGCCGUGACGUCACGUGCAAACCAGCAAUAGGCUGAUUACCAUCUUGUUUUGUAGCUUGUUUUUUUAUUUAAUUUUUUUUUACAGAAAUAAGAACCGAUUUAAGAACCUAAAUAGCCUAAAAUUGUGUUAACUACCAUUUAAAUAAGAACCUGUUUAGGCUAACUCCAGAAAAUGUAGGUUCUUACUUGCGGGUUUUUACUGUAUUAAAAUACCAAUGCAUUUGCUUUGAAAACUACACAAACAUUCCCAAAUUUUAGUUUGCAAACUUUCAGUCAACAAUCAGCAACGCUGUUAGUGUUCACGGUGAAGGUGAUGUUACCAAGGUGACACAGGACGAUUCACAACGACGAGUUUUAGCGCAACGAUGUUGCUUUUUAAAAUGAUGCCCGUUAUGCCGUGUAACAUGGAUGCGCCGACGAUUUUCAGCACAAUUUUUGCGCUGCAAGUUUUUGCAUAGGCUUCAGAAACGUUCAACACCAAAUCACGAAUUUCGUUCAGAUUUUUUCGUGUAGCAUACGUGUCGUCAAUUUUCCGCGAAACGCCUUUUAAGAACCCUUUUGCCUUCCUUUGUCGCGCAAAAAAUCGUCCCGGGUAACACGUCUGUUUUCAACGGAUCUCGCGUGCACGUUUGUGUUGCGCUAAAACUUUUCGUUGUAAAUGGUCCCGUGUUUUAUCUCCUAACCUUGCAACGCUGUGUUGAGCUAAAAAUCUUCGUGGCGAAGAAGACUUCAGUUUACUAAACUGGUUACUGAAGAAAUAUCUGUCAGUUCUGAUAGUUGUCACUGAGGUUCGCCACUCGGCGUCAACUAUCUGCCGAUAGAUAUCUUGAGUUCGCCUUUUAUUGUUAGAUUGGGAAUGUUGGGCCAUGUACAGACAAUGAAAAUUAAAAAUUAAAACUUAAUUAAAAUCAAUAUAAAUACUUUAGAUUGGUGGAUAUUCUCUAAUUUUUGCAGGUUGUAAACAGGGUUGGCAAACUAGUCACCAAUCUCAAAGAUGAACAAGAGGUUUGUAAACCGACUAACUUUUGGACCUUUUAAAUUGAUACUCUGUAACAUGUUAACAGUAUUUUCUAGUUUGGCCGGAAGGUAUUUACCAUCGUAGUGCCCGCCCCCUUCAAAAUAGACGGCUUUCCAUCUUUUUUCGGAUUUAGGGGUGGGCCGAGGGGACCGCGUCCCCCCUUUUUUGUGAACUGAUUUUCCCUAACUUCUAAAGAAUUCUCAGUAAAAUAAAACUUAUCUAUAUAGCUGGCAAGUGUCCCGGCCACCCUUCCCGAAUUUUCUGGAUCCGCCCCUGGUCUUUACAACAAUCGAAAUACUCGAUGUGAAUAAGUAACUCAAUAUUCUCUGUUUUCAGCUAAACAGGUGUUUGCGAGACAAUCAGAAGUUAUUCCAAGAGAAGUUGUCACAAACGGAAGAAAAGUUACAAUUAUUGGAAGCUGCCAAGAAACAGGUACUCCUUGAAAUCAUGUAGCUGAUCGAAGACUUUCGAGUGGGCCAGACGCUAAUCGGUUUUCUUUGAUUUUUCCAUAGGAAGUCGCUGAUCUCCAGGAGCAACUAGCAGAUCUCAUGCGCCAUCUGGAGACACAGCAAGCGAUAGCCAGCGCCUCGGAAGAAACAAGACAGGUAUUUUAAUAAAAACCUUGGUUUUAGAAAACAUUCGUCUCUUCUCGCUGCUCGCCGUGUGGGACGUAGACAGCUGUUUUCGCGGGCUACCUCGGUUUGGUCUCACGCUACUUUCAAUACGACUUGCUUGCGUGUACGUACGGGCAUAAUUCUUAGAAAACGUUGAAUUGACCAAAUAAGUGGUACCGAGAAUUACGGACAAAAUCACACAAGGUAAAUUUAAUUGAUGCUUAAAACACAUUUUCCACACCACUUGAGGUGGUUUUCACGUUACGUCAUCGCCGCCAUGCUGGUGGACGGUAAACAAAAGAUCGCUCAUUAGCUCGCUUUGUUUGUCCACCAGCAUUUGGUUAUUUCACCAUUGUUAUUUGUGUCUCCCGAGAUUGCAUGAAGACCACCGAUAGGAAGAACAGGGACAACAAACGAGAAUUUAUAUUUUGAUAUUAGGUAUUAGGGUUAAAAGUGUUUAACUUAAGUUGUCUUCUUCUCUUACAGGAGUUGCAAGAAGGUCAAGUAUUUGUGGGUGAAGGAUCAGGUGGUACACACCACACAAAGAAAACAAGGCGAAAGAAACAGUAGAAUCGCCUGUUCACUCUUUGCUUACUCAAAUCAAAGGAGGUCUUGCUUGAAAGGCGAAGCAUAGCCAUUAUUUUGAGCAUUAUCAACACAGCCCAGGGUGGGAUACGCGCUCUCUUAACAACUGGGACUAAGAUAUUAAUUUAUACGUCUAUGUGUUUGCAUGCGAAGACUGUAAAUAGACUAAAUCAGGAGCCCAUCUCCUGACUAAAUCAAAGUAUGGAGAAACUUAACAAGGGCGGAGGAGAAGGGUUGUCCAAAUUCAAUCGCGCAACCUCGUGAUCGACUGGAUUACCAAAUUCUAGUGCUGAAAAUGAAAAAAAGAAUAACUUACGGGAAACAGAAGCAAGUUCAGCAGCGCGCAAAAUGAAUGCUACGCGCGCUGUGAUUGGUCGUUGUCCAUGAUCUAUUGGAGUAGACACACAGAUGACGUUAAGGCAAACUUGUUUUCUUUGUUUUAUCCAACAUGGCGCGCGGUUUUGAAAAUGUUUGCGUGAUAAUUUCGGAUUAAGCAAGUGAAAGCCCCGAAAAAAGUUUAGCUGGAGCUGUUUACAAGUAAGAAAAACGGAGAAACCGAGACAAGAGAUUUCUUGGCGACUUAAAAAUACCUAAACUGCAAGAAAUCCUCACAACAGUUGCACUCACCGCUGCGAGAGAUUGCGACGUUUUGAAUACAUUUGCGCGAUCACUCUGCUUUGAGAACGUGAACGCCUUGCGAAACGUCCGGGGAAACUGCCCUUAAAUCAUUUUUACGUCAUCUGUGAUCCUUACUGAACAGACGACAGCUAAACUGUAGUAUAAAAUAAAGCAGUUAUUCUAGAGAAGUGUUCAAAAUAGCAGUUUGCCUUCUUAACAAAACCCUUAAGUCUGAUGGCGAAGGAGAAAGCAUAAAGAAAACACUUAACGAAUAAUUAAAGGCUGUAAAGAAUAGUUUUAUUUAAGUGUUCUACAAAAUAAAGACACAAAUCAAAAUCACAC